UGUGUUACAAACCUGUCCUUAACACAUUAUCUUCCCCGUCUCUCUCCACCGCUCUCGCUCACUCCCUCUCUCUCUCUGCCAGGUCAUCUCCUUAGUGUGUACAGAGCCAUGCCCAGUACACCUGUCGCCACAAUGUGACAGCGAUCGUCUGACCACGGAGACCAUCACCUAGACAAUCCACAACACUUUAGAUUCCUAUGGCACUGUAACCUGGCAACAGCAGAUACCUACAGCRCUGUAACUUGGCAACAACACUGAGUCACCUCAAUCGAAUUGCCACCACUGAAUCGACUCCUCUGAAUCAACUCUUCUCUGCUGUGAGGAUGCUGAGGGUGUCAAUGGUCCUACUGCAGAGGCAGCUAAUCCUGUGUGKGUGKGUGUGUGUGUCCAGUGCACCAGUGGUCCAUUCCCUGCCAUGGAGCGUCUCCUGCCCGGCAGGGUGUGUGUGUCAGAUCAAGCCCUGGUUUCCCCCCCAGUCAUUGUCCCACGAGGUUCCAACUGUGGACUGUAACAACCUGUUCCUGACCCAGCUCCCCUCCCCUCUCCCCUUAGACACACAUACCCUCUGUCUGCAGAGUAACCUGCUGUCUGCCUUGGAGACACCACUGUUACAGACACUCCCCAACCUCACAGAGCUGGAUCUGUCUCAGAACCGCUUCAGCAGUGUUAGGACACUAACCUCAACCCAGCCCCAGACUCCCUCCCUGCACUCCCUACUCUCCUUGCACAUGGAGGAGAACCAGCUCCGGUCCCUGGCCCCUGCCGCCUUCUCUUCCCUGCCUGCCCUACAAGAGCUCUUCCUCAGCCACAACCAGCUGGCCUCCCUGGCUCCUAGAGCCUUCUCUGGCUUGGGCUCCCUGCUACGCCUGCACCUCAACAACAACCACCUGACCUCAAUUGACCCCCUCUGGUUCACCACCCUGCCCUGCCUCCAGGUGCUGAUGCUGGGGGGAAACCCAGUGGAGAACCUCCCUGAACGGGGCUUCCAGGCGCUGGGGUCUCUACGCAGCCUGGUGCUGGGGGGCAWGGGGCUGAAAGGGUUGCCUGAGAGGGCCCUGGAGGGGCUGGACAGUCUGGAGAGCCUGUCCUUCUACGACAACCUCCUCACCACUGUCCCCACACAGGCUCUGAGGAGGCUCCCAGGCCUGAAGUUCCUGGACCUGAAUAAGAACCGUCUGAGUCUGGUUCAGACAGGGGACUUCAGGGACCUGGUCCACCUGACAGAGCUGGGUCUGAACAACAUGGAGGAGCUGGUGGUCAUCGAGAGGGCAGCCAUGGAGAACCUGCCUGAGCUCACCAAGCUGGAGAUCACCAACAACCCCCGGCUGUCCUACAUCCACCCCCAGGCCUUCUUUCAGCUGGGCAGGCUCGAGAGCCUGAUGCUGAACUCCAACGCUCUGACUGCUCUGCACCAACACACUGUCCUGUCUCURCCCAGACUGAGGGAGGUCAGCCUGCACUCCAACCCCCUCYGAUGUGACUGCCUGUUUCGCUGGGUGGCUGAGGAGCACCCUCACACAGAUGCUGACGCACACACAGAUACACAGAUGCCACAGGCUGUGAGAUUUAUCCAGCCCCAGGCCACAUUGUGUUCUGAGCCUCCAGAGCUGAGGGCUCGCAGGGUGAGGGAGGUGUCAAUCACAGAGAUGUCAGCCUCCUGCCUCCCCCUCAUCCCCCCUGGCAUCCUCCCCCCCUACGUGGGGGUGAGAGAGGGGGAGAGGCUGGCCCUGCACUGUCGCGCCCUGGCAGAGCCUCAGCCCACAAUCUACUGGGUCACUCCUUCUGGACAGAGACUGGGAUCAUCCAACAACACCCACAGCCCCAAGCCUGCAUCCAGACCCUUCUCCAAGCCUGCAUCCAGACCCUUCUCCAAGCCUGCAUCCAGACCCUUCUCCAAGCCUACAUCCAGACCCUUCUCCAAGCCUACAUCCAGACCCCUCCCCAAGCCUGCAUCCAGACCCUUCUCCAAGCCUGCAUCCAGACCCUUCUCCAAGCCUGCAUCCAGACCCUUCUCCAAGCCUACAUCCAGACCCUUCUCCAAGCCUGCAUCCAGACCCUUCUCCAAGCCUGCAUCCAGACCCUUCUCCAAGCCUACAUCCAGACCCUUCUCCAAGCCUACAUCCAGACCCUUCUCCAAGCCUGGAUCCAGCCUCAACUCCAAGCCUGCAUCCAGCCAGACAUCCAACUACUCCUCUUACCAUUCCCACUUACCCAGCCCAGCAUCUGGCAAUGCCUCUGUCCUCUUUUCCAGCCUCACCCCUUCCUCUCCUCCCCUCCUCUCCUCCCCUGCCUACCGGCUCCUGCCAGAGGGAACAUUGGAGAUUGUCAUGGUGACAUCCCGGGAGGCGGGUCUGUACACCUGUGUGGCUGAGAACACACUGGGGGCCGACACUCACAGUGUGACUGUAGGGGUGCAGGGGCCAGGGACAGCAAGCAUGAGGAGCAGCACACAUAUGAAUAAAGCCUAG